AUGUUCCCCAGCCCCGCGCUCACGCCCACGCCGUUCUCGGUCAAAGACAUCCUGAACCUGGAGCAGCAGCAGCGCAGCCUGGCUGCUGGGGAGCUCUCCGCGCGCCUGGAGGCCACGCUGGCGCCCGCCUCCUGCAUGCUGGCCGCCUUCAAGCCCGAGGCCUACGCGGGGCCGGAGGCCGCAGCGCCCGCCCUCCCAGAGCUGCGCGGCGAGCUGGGGCCCGCGCCCUCGCCCGCCAAGUGUGCUCCUGCCUUUCCAGGAGUCCCCGCUUUCUAUCCGCGUGCCUAUGGCGACCCUGACCCCACCAAGGACCCUCGAGCUGAUAAGAAAGAGCUGUGCUCACUGCAGAAGGCGGUGGAGCUGGAGAAGCCGGAGGCCGACGGCGCAGAGCGACCCCGGGCGCGACGGCGGAGGAAGCCGCGCGUGCUCUUCUCGCAGGCUCAGGUCUACGAGCUGGAGCGGCGCUUCAAGCAGCAGAGGUACCUGUCGGCGCCCGAGCGCGACCAGCUGGCCAGUGUGCUGAAGCUCACGUCCACGCAGGUCAAGAUUUGGUUUCAGAACCGGCGCUACAAGUGCAAGCGGCAGCGGCAGGACCAGACUCUGGAGCUGGUGGGGCUGCCCCCGCCGCCGCCGCCGCCGGCCCGCAGGAUUGCCGUGCCAGUGCUUGUGCGCGACGGCAAGCCCUGCCUCGGGGACUCGGCGUCCUAUGCGCCCGCGUACGGUGUAGGCCUCAAUGCCUACGGCUAUAACGCCUACCCCGCCUACCCGGGCUACGGGAGCGCGGCCUGCAACCCCGGCUACAGCUGCGCCGCUGCUUACCCAGCCGCUCCGCCCCCGGCGCAGUCGGCUACCGCCGCCACCAACAACAACUUCGUGAACUUUGGCGUCGGGGACUUGAACGCGGUGCAGAGCCCCGGGAUUCCACAGGGCAACUCGGGAGUGUCCACGUUGCACGGUAUCCGAGCCUGGUAG